UGCAAAGCGGGGCACUGUUUUACAAUAAGCACAGGUAUCCUAUGGUAAAGUCCGAGGCAUUACUCGUUAGCAAACAAUUGGCCAAAAAUAUGAAUUGUAGUGAAGAAGAAGAGGACAAUUGGUUGGAGUGUUUGCGCGGUUUUGAGGCCCAGGAGCUGAUGGACGGGUACGACACCAGACGCCAACUUUCUGCCCUAUCGGACACUGAAUUUCUACCAAUGAAUGCACAGAAUAUGUUUGAAAAUAAGUUAUUUAAUAAAGAUUUAGAUAUAAUGGCCGGUGUUAUGCGAAAUGAGGGCUCAAUUCAAAGCCAGAGUUUAGUGAAACCAAAUCUAACUGAAAAGGAUUUUAAUGAAUUUGUGACAAUUAUUGACGCGUUUUACCAUAAUUUCGAUGAAAAACUAGUGACAGAUUUCUACCUGAAAUCUAUUGAUAAAAACAGUUCCGAUGCACUAAAAUGGGCUGAAUAUGACAUGUUUGGUGACCUAAUGACUACGUGCCCGACCUAUAGAUUCGCCAAAGCCUAUGGCCAGUUGGGAGGCGCCGGUGGUGUGUAUUUCUAUGAGCAGACAUAUCAACGCAAAUCAUUUUUAGAUGAAAAAGUUUAUGGUGUGACACACUUUGCGGACAUUGACUUUGUGUUUGGUUCACCACUUCUGGCGCCGACAGUCACUGACCGACCAAUUGAUACACAAUUCAGUCUUCAAGAUCACAACAUCAAUGAGUAUACCCUCAGUAAUAGCACCGGGGGUUUGGAGGUGAAGAUCAUAGACUACGGCGCGACUAUUACUCACGUGUUUGUGACCGACAAAAGCGGCCAAAAGCGCGAUGUAGUGCUCGGUUGGGACGAUCUCGAGGGCUAUCUCGGCAAUCGUGGCCGCAAUCCAUUCUUCGGGGCCGCUAUUGGCAGAUGUGGUAAUCGCAUAUCCAACGGCAAGUUUAAACUGAAUGGCCAGUCGUAUACACUGGCGCUGAACAACGGGCCGAACGCACUGCACGGCGGCCUUAAAGGCUAUGACAAACACCGGUGGACUCUCAUCGGGAAGACUAAUGAUUCAAUUUCGCUGGAGUUGGUGUCGCCCGACGGCGACGAGGGAUAUCCGGGAGAGUUGAGAGUAGAGCUCACCUACACUGUCACCGAAGCCAAUGAGUUAACGCUAGACUACACGGCAAGACUGGCCGCAGCGGAACACUCGGUGGACACUAUCGUAAACCUUACAAAUCACUCGUAUUUCAAUCUGAGCGGCUGUAGCGGCGACGGCCCAGAGCUGGACGUACUCAACCAUACCGUACGGAUGUCUGUCCACAACUAUCUGGAUAUUAACGACGCGUUUCAGCCGACGGGCAAAAUACUGUCCACCAAAUCGGAUACACCGGCGAUGGACUUCGCGACCGGCGACGACCAGGAAUGGCAUACAAUAGGCGAGCGUAUCGGUCAGGUGUUGCCCAACGGUUACGAUCAUUGCUAUGUCAUCGAUACGGACGCCAAGAAGUAUAAUAUCAGUGGCAAUGAGUCGGUGAAUGAGGCUGUGGUUGAGGUGCGGUCACCGCUGACGGGAAUAUCGUUGACUUUCUCGACCACUGAACCGGGCUUUCAGUUUUAUACGGGUAAUAAUGUGACCGAAGCUCAACGCACUAAAACAACUCAAGCGGUUCCGGCCAUUGAGUUGCGCAAGAAUUCGGGUUUUUGUCUGGAG